CUCCCCCACUCUUUUCACUGUUGCGUGCAGUUGGAACAUGGGGUUGAUCACCGGAGUAAUUGCUUUCUUUUACCACUUGCCUCAAAUAUACAAAUGGAUCUUCAAGCCUUAUUACAUUAUUUCUAUAUUGAUGUCCACGGCUUUCCUCAUAAUUCGGAAGUGUCCGGGACUUUGCGAAAACUUGAACACAGAGCGUGAGGACGGGAACCCAUGCGACUUUGACUGGAGAGAAGUGGAGAUUCUAAUGUUUCUCAGUGCGAUUGUCAUGAUGAAGAACAGACGAGCCAUCACCCUGGAACAGCAUGCGGGGAACCUGUUCAUGUUCAGUAAAGUGGCCAACGUCAUCCUCUUCUUCAGGCUGGACAUCCGGCUCGGGAUCCUCUACUUCGCUCUAAUAACCGCAUUUGUCAUGACCUGCAAGCAGCCUCUUUACAUGGGCCCAGAGUAUAUCAAGUACUUCAGUGACAAAACCAUAGACGCGGAGUUGAACCAGGAUUCUCGUGUGACCUGGAUUGUUGAGUUCUACGCUAAUUGGUCUUCCGAGUGCCAGUCCUUUGCCUCCGUCUUUGCCAACCUCUCCCUCAAGUACAAUUGUACUGGCCUGCGGUUUGGGAAGAUAGAUGCUGGCCGAUACGAUGAGGUGGCCAAGAGGUACCAGGUUAGCACCUCCCCUCUGGCCCGACAACUUCCCUCAUUGGUGCUUUUCCAGUCAGGGCGGGAGGUCAUGAGACGCCCAAUGGUGGACUCUAAGAGGAGAGCUGUGUCCUGGACCUUUAGUGAGGAGAACGUGAUCCGUGAGUUCAACCUAAACGAGCUCUACCAAGCUUCUAAGCAGAUGAAGAAAGGCCGCGCUGAGAAAGGAGAGGAACAAAAGCCCUCCCAACCAGGAGGAGGCAGCGAAGACCCUCAAUCAGAACUUGACAUCACAGAAGAGAGCAAGAAAGACAAGUAGAGAUGGUGGAAAAUGGCAAGAGACAAUUGUUGUACUGCAAUCAUAGUUUCACUGCCUUAUAUCAUUGGUCAGAUGUUCAGACUACCAGCAUUGAAGUCCAUUCAAGAGCUUUUAGCCUGUGAGGAAAAGUUCUGCUGCCUUUUUGGGGUAUUUCUUUUAACACUGAAGUAUGGAGUCAUCCAAUUGUAUAUUUUCUGCCGAACGUAAAAAUUAAAUAAUUCAUUACACC